UCUCUCUCUCUCUCUCUCUCUCUCUCUAGAAAAGUCAUGCACUACCACUCUCUCUCUCCAUCUAUAAAACCUAACCAAGAAGAUAAAAUCUAUUCCCUCACCGAAUCUACACUCCAUAGAUGCAUUAUUGCAUGAAAUCUCAGGGAAAACAAGGAUAGAAUUAUGGCAAAUUCACUAGAAGAGCUGAACGAUAAGCAAGACCGGGACCCGAGCGGCGGCGGCGACGGCGACGGUGGCGAUGCCGGAAGCGACCUCACCGCUCCCAAGCUCUCCCUAUUCUCGCUCCCCCGGAAGGCGCUCGAGCCGCCGGGGACGCUGACGCCGCCGCUCCACUCGAAGGUGGUCUCCGUGCCGUUCAAGUGGGAGGAGGCCCCCGGCAAGCCCAGGCCCUGCGGCCACGCCGCCUCCGAGCAAAACCCUGAGCCCAAGCCCGCCGCCGCCUCCGGGUGCCUGGACCUCCCUCCGAGGCUCCUCAACGACGCCGCCAGAGUCGCCGCCGCGCCGUCCUCGACCGCCGCGCACGACGGGCCUAACCACGUGGGCCGGGCGCUGUCGUUCAGGAGGCUGGGCGGGUCGUUCCGGAGCCCCGAGAGCUGCAGCAAGAGGGACAUAAGGGAGAGGGUAACGUUCGGAUCGACGCGGUGGGGGUUCCACGGCAAGGAGAGAAGCAGCCGGGUCGUGGAGGGCAGCCCCGGGAUCUCCUUCUCGGUGCUCUUCGGCGGUGGAGGCGGCGGCGGCGGUGGCGGCGAAGAGAGCGUCACGAAGGUGAAGAUCACGAGAGUGAGCAGGAGGAGGAGCUUCUUCACUCUCUCUCAGACCAAGUCGCACUUGUGGGCAAGCAUUUACGGAGGAUUGAAGCAGGUGGUCCCAUGGCGACGCAGUCAAGAUAAGCAGCUUCCAAAGGGUCAGUAGCUCUCUGCUGACUGAGGACGUAUUCGGUUUGAUUAAUCAUAUAAAUCGAUUUCCCUGGGGAAAUUCGUGUAAAAAUCUUGUACGCAAAAGAAUAUCGUAUAAAUCAGCUGAUCUAUGGUGAAAAAACUAGGGCCUUAGAUUUCCUGCGAUGUCGUGGUGCGUAGGGUUUCCACUUUCGUCUUUGGAUAUUUCUAGGGAUGUAGAUGCGAUAAAGUAAUGUUUGACCGAAUCGUUCGUCCCGUGGGGGGUUUCGCGAUCAGAAAGCUCGUCGCGAUCUGAAGAUGAGUGGACGAGAAACCACUUCGACCGACCGCAACGUAGGGUUUAAUCGUUCGACCGGAAACGGUCCUGCGCUUGCCAGAAAAAGACGAAUCUGAAAGACCCCGCGUCGAUAAGUCGAAGCAGAAAGCGACAAACCCGGACGAAGAAGAAGGAAAACGAGGGCUGCCCGCUAAAGAAGUUCGAUCAGCCAAAAGUCUAGGGCACCAAAAGUCAAGAGCGACCUGCCGAGACUUUCCUUUUGGUUGAGGGUAGUUGGCUUUCAAUCAAGACGUUGUUUCUGCAUCUGCCUAUCGAUACAAGGGGCAGAAUCUGUGCGGCCGUGGUUUGCUCGUCUGCUGUCCAUGCGUACCUCCCUCGCCACGUCGAAUCUUUACCGUUAUUUCUUGCGACCGGAAACAGAAUUAUGUCAUCUGCAAAUAUUGGAUUCAUAUGCGCUGUAAUGCAUUUGACGAGGUCAGUGUUGUUGCUAGCAA